GUUUACGUUUUUCCACACGUUUCCACUGCUUUCUAGUCGAACGCAAUCUAUUCCUUGUGCCUGUAGUUUGCGGAUGGGUCUGAGAGGUAGAUCUUGAAACAAACACUGUAAAGGUUGUGCUGGCGGUUCUGCAGGAGCGUCUUGCCACACUUGUAAGUGCUGACUACACGAUGGCUAACGGGACUUGAGCCAAGCGAGAUCUCGGCCGAAAACGAAGUUUGCUGUGACUGAACUCCACGACCGGUGCCGCGAUCUUUCGUAGCGGCUCGGCAUCACCAGUCGUCUCAGCUGCACUGCUUUGUUGCUCGGUACACUAGUGGACGCGAACGCACACUUGACACAAUGAACGCGCCGCCCGAAAUCAAGAAGACCAAGGAAGAAGCUCCGGCCGAACUCGAGAGUCAGGUCAUCCUGCGCCUGCCGGGUCAGGUGGCCGCAGCCUUGCGAGCCGCAGUGCGGUCCGGCGUGAUGAACCUCAAGGACCGGCUGACCAUCCAGCUGGAGCCAGACAACCGGCACGGCACGGUACGUUUCGACCGCUGGAGCCUGUCGGCGCGCGUCGUCGACCUGCCGUCCAUCAUCGAGUCGCACAAGACGCUGGACCGCAAGACCUUCUACAAGACGGCCGACGUGGCGCAGCUGAUGAUCUGCAAGGAAGAGGACGGCGCGGAGGACGAAGAGGCCAAGAAGGCGGCGGCGGCCGACGACGAGGAGUCGCUGCGCCGCAAGGAACGCAAGGACGCCAAGGACAAGAAGUACCAGUACCCGCACGGCAUCACGCCCUCGCUGAAGAACGUGCGCAAGCGCCGCUUCCGCAAGGUGCUCAAGAAAAAGUACGUCGACUUCCCGGAGAUCGAGAAGGAAGUUAAGCGACUCUUCCGCACGGACAACGAAGCCAUUUCAAUCCGCUAUGAGGUGGUCAACGCCGAUGACGACAAAACCAGUGAUGGCAAGGUUGAUGGAACCGAAGUGGCUGGUGGGGGUUCUGGUGAGCCUCACGUGAGCGGUGGCUUCGGCUCACCUUCCGUGAGCGCGCUGCUCAACAGCAACUCGCAGAGCAUGGAUGUUGGUGAACACGACCUCUUCGGCGAAGCAUUGAGCAGCUCUGAUGAGGAUGAUGUCAACAUCGUCGACUCGGGCGGGGAGGAAGAGCUCACAUCACGACCUCCAAAGCAGAGGCAUCCAUCAUUGUCUGGAAAGCGGGAUGGUGGCUCUUCGCCGGACAUGGUGACUGACUUCCGGCGGGGCAUGCUGGCAGCCACCGAUAAGAUGGCGUCUGGUGCAAGCACCAGUGCGGCGGCAACAGCGGCAGCAACGAGUUCACUUGUGGACGAGUACGUCGACGAUCCCGAUUAUGGUGAUGACAAGGAAGUUAUCGAGUUUGCCACCAAGAAGGAGGAAGACGAUGACGUGGACGAACCGGAGCAGGACAACUCUGCGCUCUUGAACCGGUUGUCGGAUUUGGAGCGGGAGAUCGCUCAGCUCCAGGAGCGAAGGCAGGCCCAGGAGCUUGAGAUAGCAUCGAUAGAAAACCAGGCCCUCAAGCAGCGGUUCCAGAACAUUGUCAAUGCUCUCAAGAUGGAAGAGAGUGAGAAGCAGAGGGAGUAUGAUGACAUUGUCUCGCUGCUUCACCAGUGAUUGUGCUGGCAUGCAGAAGUUUGUCACUGAUGUACUGGAAAGUUUUGAUAGAGUUCGUGCCUCUAAUUGGCCCUGCCUGUAGGAUGAAGACCUAUUUGUGAUGAUCUCCCAAGAAAUACAUUUUUACAAUUUGUGGGACCACAGUGCUGCUUUCCCAGAUGUGGCAGACAUUUGAAAGUGUUGCUGGUGACUGUAGACACAUUGUUUAUUUCUUCUUUCUGUUGCAUGAUAGUGGUCAUGCAAAGGUUUGACUGCCGAGAUGUUUUUGAAAGAUUUUUCACUAUGAGAACAGAAAACAGCAAGUUAUAAGACAUGCCAGCCUAUUUUUAGAAUGUGGAGAUAAACUGUGUAAAUAUUCUGAACCACCUGCGGACUAUUGUGUAUACACUAACUUCAUUUGAAAUAAACUGACCCAAAGUUUCUGCAGUCCGCAGCAGUUUUUA